AUGGAUAACGAUCGGUUAACACAAUUGCCAAUGUCCCGGAUUCGUACCGUCAUGAAAACCUCGCCUGACAUGGGGAACAUCAAUCCAGAAGCACUGUUUCUAAUGUGCCGUGCCGCCGAAAUGUUCAUCGAACACAUGGCCAAAGGGGCGCACCGUCAAGGGAAGAAAUCGCUGGAGUACAAAGAUCUCGCACAGUACGUAGAAAACGACGACAAGCUGGAGUUCCUGUUACAGAUUCUUCCGAAGAAAAUUACAGUUAAAGAGUAUAAAACGAUGAUGGAGAAGAAGCCGGGAACGGAUGACGAUACUGAGAGUGAGGAAGAAGCGGAAGAGGAAUCCAGCAACGAAGAGGAAGAGUUGGAGCAAGACGAAGUAAUAGAGAUAGCGGAUGAUGCAAAGGAUAAGCCACCCCAGGAACAGGACAGUGAGGACUCUGCAUCAGACAGUGGCGAGAGCAACAGCGUGAUAUCCAUCGAGUCCAGUUCCGACGAGAAGGAAAAUUCGAAAAACGUUAGUAAUAAGAAAUCACCGGUAAAGCAUAAAACAGGGGAUUCGCCAUAG